UUCGCGGGGUUGGGGCGGGGGCCGGGCGGGAUCCGGCCCCUUUGCCAACGGGGAUUUUUGGGGGGAUUAUUCGCCGCUUUCUUCCUGGUGGGAUUUUUUGCUGCAACCGAAAGAAGACGGGCACAAGGCAUGGCAUGAGCUUCGGGAGACGGGGCUGGAGAGAGACCUGUGGAAGAUGUCGAACCCGAGAAACGGCGACACCAAGCCCCCAUGUUUGCCCCGCAAUGGACUGGUGAAGAUCCCCACGCAAGCCAACGGCCUCGGCUCCGCCAGCAUCACCAAAGGCACCCCUGCCGUGAAAAACCGCCUGUGCCAGCCUUCCUCCGUGCCUGCCAUCCUCAGCCCGGCCUUAGCCCACCGCAGCGACCUGCCCAUCCCCAGCCUGGCCUCCCCGCUCUCCUUGGCCACCCUGGCCAGCGUCUCCUCCCCUCCCGGCGCUUCCUUGGUGGGACUGAACGCGAGCGAGGGCUCGGAGCAGCCCUCUCCGGAGCGGCUGCCAGGCUCUCCCUCGGAAAGGCAGCUGGCCGUGGACGAGAAGAUCCUCAACCGCUUGUUCUGGUACUUUUCGGCGUGCGAGAAGUGCGUGCUGGCGCAGGUGUGCAAGGCAUGGCGGCGGGUGCUCUACCAGCCCAAGUUCUGGGUGGGCUUGACGCCCGUCCUGCACACCAAAGAGCUCUACAACAUCCUGCCCGGUGGAGAGAAGGAGUUCGUCAGCCUGCAGGGCUUCGCCGUCCGCGGCUUCGACGGCUUCUGCCUCGUGGGCGUCUCUGACCUGGACAUUUGUGAGUUCAUUGACAACUACCCCCUCUCCAAGAAGGGGGUCAAGUCCAUGAGCCUUAAGAGGUCGACCAUCACAGAUGCAGGGUUGGAGGUGAUGCUGGAGCAGAUGCAGGGCGUGGUGCGGCUGGAGCUGUCGGGCUGCAACGACUUCACGGAGGCGGGGCUGUGGUCCAGCCUCAACGCCCGCAUCACGGCGCUGAGCGUCAGCGACUGCAUCAACGUGGCCGACGACGCCAUCGCCGCCAUCUCGCAGCUCCUGCCCAACCUCACCGAGCUCAACCUGCAAGCCUACCACGUGACGGACACGGCGCUCGCCUACUUCACCGCCAAGCAGGGCUACACCACCCACACCCUGCGCCUCAACUCCUGCUGGGAGAUCACCAACCACGGCGUGGUCAACAUGGUCCACAGCCUGCCCAACCUGAGCGUCCUCAGCCUCUCGGGCUGCUCCAAGGUGACGGAUGAUGGCGUGGAGCUGGUGGCCGAGAACCUGCGGAAGCUGCGCAGCCUCGACCUGUCCUGGUGCCCCCGCAUCACCGACAUGGCCCUGGAGUACAUCGCCUGCGACCUGCACAAGCUGGAGGAGCUGGUGCUCGACAGGUGCGUGCGGAUCACCGACACCGGCCUCAGCUACCUGUCCACCAUGUCAUCCCUGCGGAGCCUCUACCUGCGCUGGUGCUGCCAGGUGCAGGAUUUUGGCCUGAAGCACCUCCUGGGCAUGGGCAGCCUGCGCCUCCUCUCGCUGGCUGGCUGCCCCUUGCUGACCACCACGGGGCUGUCGGGGCUGGUGCAGCUGCAGGAGCUGGAGGAGCUGGAACUCACCAACUGCCCCGGGGCCACCCCGGAGCUCUUCAAGUACUUCUCCCAGCACCUCCCGUGCUGCAUGGUGAUCGAGUAGCGCCGGACCCGGCCCACCCCGGCCGCCAUCGCCCACCCCAUCUCCCUCUGGCUGCUGGGGGAUUCGAGAGACGCCCCCGAUUCCAACCGAGCCCGGACAUCCCCCGCAUCGACGCCCCCGAGGGGCGCGGGGCUCCGGGGGGAGAUGGGGGCAGGCGUCGCCCCCGGCCGGAGCCCCCCGGCUGCCAUGUAAAUUCUCCCCCGCCGCCGCCGCCAUCGCCCGCGCUCGUCCCGGUGUCCUGCCAAUCCCUUCGGACAGACGAACGGACAUCACGGAAGCCCAGAGUGGGAAGGCGACGCUGUGUGACCCCCCCCACCCCGGCCGCAUCCUGCUCCUCCCGCCCCGGUGCCGAGCGGGCACACGGCCCCGCCGCCAAGGAUGCUCUGGGCACCGAGGAUGCUCCCAGGGAUGGGCCAGAGGAGGAUGCUUAUUUUUGGGUGGCGGCGGAGGCUGGAUGGGUCCCCUCACGCCCCUGGAGCGGGUCACCGAGCUCACCCCCCCACCUCCCCGUGCUGCGUGUCCCCUCCAGCCCCCAGCCCCGCCUCUGGGGCGCUUUC